UGGCCUUUAGUGCAGUCGCCGCCUGGCCACGCGAAGGCCGGGUGUUCUGUGGGGACACAGAGUGCCGUGGUCCGGGGCAGGACGUUGCGGGCAGAGGCUGCGAUCAUGCGACCCGCGGAAGGGGGGCUGCGCUGGGCCACCGCCCUGCUCCUCAUCGCAGCAGGAGCUGCAGAUAAGUGUGGGAGAAAUGAGUUCCAGUGCCAGGACGGGAAAUGCAUCUCCUACAAGUGGGUUUGCGAUGGCAGCUCUGAGUGCCAGGAUGGCUCUGAUGAGUCCCAGCAGACAUGCAUGUCUGUCACGUGCAAGUCGGGGGACUUCAGCUGUGGGGGCCGUGUCAACCGCUGCAUUCCUCAGUUCUGGAGAUGUGAUGGUCAAGUGGACUGUGAGAAUGGCUCGGAUGAGCAAAGCUGUCCCCCUAAGACAUGCUCCCAGGACGAGUUCCAGUGCCAUGAUGGCAAGUGCAUCUCGCGGCAGUUUGUCUGCGACCUAGACCGGGACUGCCAGGAUGGCUCCGAUGAGGUCUCCUGCCCAGUAACCACCUGCGGCCCUGUCAGCUUCCAGUGUAACAGCUCCAUCUGCAUCCCCGAGCUGUGGGCCUGCGACGGUGAACACGACUGUGAGGACGGCUCCGAUGAGUGGCCACAGAACUGCGGAGGCCGGGACACGUCUGCCCCCCAAGGAGACAAUGGCCCCUGCUCUGCCCAUGAGUUCCACUGUGGCAGCGGAGAAUGCAUCCAUGCCAGUUGGCACUGCGACGGCGGCCCCGACUGCAAGGACAAGUCUGAUGAGGAGGACUGUGCUGUGGCCACCUGCCGCCCUGAUGAAUUCCAGUGCUCAGAUGGGACGUGCAUCCACGGCAGCCGGCAGUGUGACCGGGAGUACGACUGCAGCGACAUGAGUGAUGAGCUUGGCUGCAACAACGUGACACUGUGUGAGGGGCCCAACAAGUUCAAGUGCCACAGCGGCGAGUGCAUCACCCUGGACAAAGUGUGCAAUUCAGUCAGGGACUGCCGGGACUGGUCAGAUGAGCCCAUCAAGGAGUGCGGGACCAACGAGUGCUUGGACAACAACGGAGGGUGUUCCCACAUCUGCAACGACCUCAAGAUCGGCCAUGAGUGCCUGUGCCCUGGUGGCUUCCACCUGGUGGAUCAGCGACAAUGCGAAGAUAUCGAUGAGUGUCAGGACCCGGACACCUGCAGCCAGCUGUGCGUGAACCUGGAGGGCGGCUUCAAGUGCGAGUGUGAGGAGGGCUUCCAGCUGGACUCCAGCACCAAGGCCUGCAAAGCUAUAGACUCCAUCGCCUAUCUCUUCUUCACCAACCGCCAUGAGGUGCGCAGGAUGACCCUCGACCGCAGUGAAUACACCAGCCUCAUCCCAAACCUGAAGAAUGUGGUCGCCCUGGACACGGAGGUGGCCAGCAACAGAAUCUACUGGUCUGAUCUGUCCCAGAGGAAGAUCUACAGCACCCAGAUCGACAGAGCCCACAGUCUCUCCUCCUACGACACCAUCAUCAGCAGGGACCUCCAGGCACCUGAUGGGUUGGCUGUGGACUGGAUCCAUGGCCACAUAUACUGGACCGACUCCAUCCUGGGCACCGUCUCUGUGGCCGAUACCAAGGGCCUGAAGAGGAAAACACUCUUCAAGGAAAAAGGCUCCAAGCCCAGGGCCAUUGUGGUGGACCCUGUCCACGGAUUCAUGUACUGGACUGACUGGGGAACCCCUGCCAAGAUCGAGAAAGGGGGUCUGAAUGGAGUGGAUGUGUACUCACUGGUGACUGAAGACAUCCAGUGGCCCAAUGGCAUCACCCUGGAUCUUUCCAAUGGCCGCCUCUACUGGGUUGACUCCAAAUUGCACUCCAUCUCCAGCAUCGAUGUCAACGGAGGUAAUCGGAAGACCAUCUUGGAGGAUGAGAAAAAGCUGGCACACCCCUUCUCCGUGGCUGUCUUUGAGGACAAAGUAUUUUGGACGGAUAUCAUCAACGAAGCCAUUUUCAGUGCCAACCGUCUCACUGGCUCAGAUGUUAAUUUGGUGGCUGAAAACCUGUUAUCCCCAGAGGACAUUGUCCUGUUCCACAACCUCACACAGCCAAGAGGGGUGAACUGGUGUGAGAAAACAGCUCUCCACAAUGGUGGCUGCCAGUAUCUGUGUCUUCCGGCCCCGCAGAUCAACCCCCACUCGCCCAAGUUCACCUGUGCCUGCCCCGACGGCUUGCUGCUGGCCCAGGACAUGAGGAGCUGCCUCACAGAGCCUGAGCCUGUAGUGACCACCCAGGGUACCUCCACAGUCAGGCUGAAGGGCAGCUCUGCACCCAGGGGCCCAAAGCACACAGCCAGCCCACCUGCUCCCAGCAUGUCCCAGCAGCCUGUGGCCAUCCCUGAGCUCACCACAGUGGAGAUGGUGACAAUGUCCCACCAAGUCCUGGGUGACAUGGCUGGCAGAGAGAAUGCAGAGAAGCCCAGGAGUGUGGGGGCUCUGUCCAUCAUCCUCCCCAUUGUGCUUCUCGUCCUCCUCUGUUUCGGGGCCUUCCUCCUCUGGAAAAACUGGCGGCUCAAGAGCAUCAACAGUAUCAACUUUGACAACCCUGUGUACCAGAAGACCACAGAGGACGAGGUCCACAUUUGCCCGAACCAGGACGGCUACACCUACCCUUCGAGACAGAUGGUCCGCCUCGAGGAUGACGUGGCAUGAACAGCUGCCUCGCGUCCUGUCCCUCCCAGGAACCUGCUGCCACUCACAGGCAGGAAGAACCCUUUCUCUGCGGACCCUUGACCGUCUGUCCACCUCCCUGCCCAAAACCCUUCCUGAGACCUUGGCCUCCAGUUGCAUUUGAAGAAAGAAACAACCAAAGCCACUGCUGGCUGCUGCAGCCAGUGGCCUGUCUGCCAGAGCUUUGUUUUAUAUAUUUAUUCUUCUGGGAGGCAGCAUAGGCUUCCAACAGCUCCCACAAAAUGGGUUUUGGUUGGGAUUUUUGGUUUUCUUUCUUGAUGUGCAAAGGAGAAUUGGGAAAGGCGCAGAGCUAGGUGAUAUCUGGGUUUCCCUCCAGGGAUGUUCUGACCUUCUGUCCACUGUGACUCGCUCCUCAUGUGAAGGACGAAAGGGAACAGGGGAAGAGAGAAGCAAGUGGCUUUGAACAUGUGACAGUAGGUGCUACUGUCAGGGUCCACCUCCCUCUAACCCAAGCCCCUAAACUCAGGACUAAUGAACGUGUUUACCUCUCUACCUGAUAGCCUUGCUGGACAGCCAGAGUUAACCUUUUCACUGCCACCCCCAAAUCAUGAUCAGCCUAGCGUCUCUCAAGCAGGUUGGUGCCAUCCUUAAGCAGAAAGGGGACUUGUGGUGUUGGUACUGAUGUGGUUGAAUCCAGGGUGCCGGGGGUGGCAGCAACCAUGACCAAUUCAUUCGCCCAAACUGGGCCAGUUCCCGGAGGGAGAGCCUGAGUCACCAGAUGCCCUUAAUAUCUAUCAAGUGCCUGAGACACCCAGUUCCCUUGCAUGUGAGGACACACAGCCUCUGCCCUCUACUAGUGUCCUUUGGCCGGGUGUGGCUGUCUAGACCCCAGCCUCGCGCCCACCCCCCAGCCCAACCCUUCCCCGGGGACCCUGCUCAUCUCUUUUUGUGUCUCCUUGCACUUUUUCCAGUUCAGGGUUGUACAUUGUGUAAAUGCAGCAUUCGUGUUAUUAUUUUGCACUGUUUUCUGUCGUAUGUGUUGGGUGGGAUCCCAGGCUGGAGCAGGCCCAUGUCGAUGAGCACAUGGAAGAAAGGGUUGGGUUGACCAGGACUUGAAUGCCGUGAUUGGGAAUGUCUGGAACUGCCAUUUUCUGUUGUCUUUACAUCUGCUUGUUUAGAGUUUCCACAGAGUGUCCACUUCUAUGCAAAUACCCCUGUGCCACUGAUUCCCCUGACAGGACCCGGUAUUGUUUUAAGUGCACAUCUGGAGUGUGUGUGGCAUUCCAGUCUUGUAAGCAAUCCUUCGGUCUUGGUCAUUUGAUGGGACUUGUUUUGUUUUCGGCGGCUGGCUGGUGUGGGGAUCCGAACCCUUGACCUUGGUGUCACCACCUGAACCAACCUGCCAGCCCUUGAUGGGACUUUUGAAACAUGAAUUCUUUCUGAUAUUGCCACCAAUGUUAUCAAUGCAUUUACGACCCAAGGGACAGUGGCAGCCUCCUUAGGAUUCCUGCAUGAAGACGUCUGAAGGGAAUGUCAGUUGCUCCCUACUCAAGGACAAAACCCUGUGCUCCACUGUGUAAGAAGCUGUGGCCGGCUUUUCUCUUCCUGAAGCAUGUACAUAAAUCCCGGACACAUAGUGAGGCUUUUUGUUAUGUUUGCACUUUGUAUAUUUGUUGAAACAGUUGUCACUUAUAUAUACAUACAUAUAUAUAUAUAUAUAUAUAUAAUCUAUUUAUUUUUUGCAAACCCUGUCUGCUGCAUUCAUGUGACUCCUCUAGAGGCUACAUUGGGGGUGAUUGUCUCUGACGUGCCUCAUCUUUAUGUACAGAGGUUAUUUGCACGAACUGGACUGUGGGCAACGCUUUUCAGGAGGAUGAUGUCCAUGUUUUACGUAUGGGUGGCCUUUGGGACAUGGGUAUUGCCUUUUAAACCACUGUAUAGAAUGUUUUUAUAGCCUGACUGUCUUACUGUGAUUGAUUAAAUUUCUUAAAUGAACCA